UUUGGGCUUCUUCAUUGCGUCCCAGGGUCUGGUAACGCGACACGCUUCCGGUAUUUACCUGUCUAUGCAAAUCAGACGUUUACAAGCUACGCCAUGCUUGACCACAGUUAGUCUCAUGAUCAUAUUGGCCUCGACUUGGGAGCUUUAUAGAUUAAUAGAUUUCAGUUGUUCUUAAAUAAAGGGCUUGGUCGACUAUCCUUCAUUUAAUAAAGCUAUUCGGCUUUCAUCGUAUGCGAGAUUCGAGUGUUAAUUAACAGAAAUAUUAUGAAUCUCAAUGUGUUAUGUGCUGCAUUGAAGCUUCUAUACUAUGUAGUAUUGAUCCUUUAUCAUGGCUUGGACUUUGUUAUGGAUUGGUAUAGUUUCCACAUUGAACUAACGGAUGAGACAAUCUCUGGAGUUCCUGCCAACAGCAUUGCUGUCAAAGUUUUAUUUGGAUUCAGUUGUGUUUGUUGCACAAUAUGUACGGCAGCUUUGUUGAGAGUUUAUGCUUAUUACAUAAAGUAUCAUUUUCUCUACCUGUAUGUCGCAGCCUUCGAGGACUACGGGCCCGUAGGUCCCGUUGAAGGAAGCGCAAGUAUACAGAUUUCUGAUGACGAACUUCGAGAAAAUGCUUCGCUAUUUAUUGAAAAUGGACGAAAGACGGUGGUUGAUCCCAAAUAUCCCCUGGCAGAGCUGGUUAUAUCGGUGGCAGAGUUGACUUUAAAGGAUGAUAUCCAGUCAGGUUUAUUAUUUUGGGUCUCUACCGCCUAUACCUUUACACGACAAUUAAGCUGGCAUUCACUUCUAUUCUCAAUAUGCAGUAUUCUAGCUCACUUGAAACUGUUUAUAUGUUUCGUGACAAAGCUCUUUCGGUUGGGUGAAGGCGAGAAUGUGUGUGAUGAUCGCAGUAGGUGGGAUUUCAAAUGUUGCCUCUGCGUCUUCGGCUGCAUCGGUUCUGCGGCAUUCGAGGGAUUGACAAUUGCGUACUUGGUGAAGGCGUUACAAGCUUAGACAAGAUCAGUGGCUUAGACUGACCGGUCCAUGAAGGAAUCCUCUGGGUUUUCGGUCUCUCACAACUUGGGUAUACAUGGGACUGCACACGGAGUGGUUUAAUUAAACUGACCAGUCCAUAUGAAGGAAUCCUCUGAGUUUUUGGUUACUGACAACUUGGGUGGGACUGCACGUGGAGUAGAAUUGUGUUUGUUUGCAUCCGCUUAAUUAGCCAAUUCAACAAGUCUAAAGGACACUGUAGGCUCUUAAACUUAUCUGAAGAUAAUUUUAUAGAAUGCUGGUAAAAUUGUUAUAAUUGCAUGGGUAGUAUCUUCAAGCAUAUUUUCAUAUAUUUUACUUAUCUAGUUAUUUUAAGUGUAAGUUGUUAAAAAAAUGAUAGUGGUGUAUAGAUACACAGAGACGGUCAAAUGUUCUGCUAUAUAUAACGUCAUAUUCAGGUUUUUAAAUUUUUAUAAUGUUUAUUAUAUCAAACGGGGAAUACCAGAGGGAGAAUAGUUCCCGUAAAAAUACUCGUUCUCCCCCCAUUACCCGUUCUUUUUUAAUUACCCGCUCCUUUUACCCGCACCGUUCCUCAUACCCCCCAAGACCUCCAAUUCAAAUCGAUCAUCAUUUCGCCGUGAUAUGGAGCUUUGUCGCCGCUUCCUAAAAAACAAAGUUUCGAAUUGCUCGCAGCACUACAAACUGCAAAUAAUUUAUUGUUUUCAGUCUUGUUUUUAUGUUGUGUGUUAUAAGAAGUUACAGUGUUGUUUUUAUGUUGUACGUUAUGCAUGUGAUAACUAGUGAAAAACGGUACAUUUAUCAAAUUAUUUCACGCUGCAGAAGGAAGUACAAAGCAGAACAAAGCAGUACAAACAAUAUUUAUUCAAAUGUUUACAUCUAAUAUCAUUCUUAUUCUAAAUAUUCCCAAGAUUAUGUUGUGCAUUAUGUCUGAGUAUGUGUUGUCAUCAUGCGUCAAAAGCGCAAAACGGUUAUUGAAUAAAUCACCUUCAGGACAACAAGGAAGUUUUAAAAUUCAUGUUUUUAAAUUGUUUAUAAUAGUAAGAUUUAACCUAGACGUCUACAAUCACUUUCAAAAGUUGUUCGGACACACUGUAGUCUUAUCAUUACAGUUUGUUACACACAAUACCGCUCCCCCCCACCCCACCCCACCCCAAUCAAUGUGGCUUUCUCAAUUAAAAUUCCAAACACAUCAAAUCUGACGAGAAAUGGCACACAACAGUGAACAGGGAGCGGGGGGAUUGACGUUUAUUGAAAUUUAAGGUUUUUGUGGCAUCUGCUCCAAGACAUUUGAAACUGAUUGUACGCUGCAACACAUAGUCUCGACUAUAGGGUAUUAACAGCGUCAUUUUGUCACACUGAACAAUCUUGAAUAUUGUACAUAUUUUCCCACAAAAAAUAGUAAAUCAGUUGGACCAAGCUUGUCGUAGAUAAUAUGCAGUUAAACCUUCGAAGAAGAGAGAAAAAAGGCAACACCAUAUACACCAACACCUUUUCGCACUCUCGUGAUGUGGAACUGUCUCGCCACUUCCUUUACCAUAAAAUUUGGUCAGAAAGCAAAUCAGCAGCUUUGAAUUGCCCAUAGCACUGCAAACUGCAAAUAGGUUAUCAGGCCAGUCAGGUUGUAUUGAGGCUUGGUCGUUUUUUAAAGCGACAUAUAACAAUAGCGCACAUUGUAAACCCUCCUUAAAAUACAGCUCGGUAAUUGAAAUGAUCAUUUCGGCGCAGACAAUAUGGCGGUUGCAAAUCGCAGGUUGACUUUCAUUAUCAUCACUGUAUGUAAGCAAUGCGUCUCCAUCGAUGUCUUCUUGGUACUGAGCGUUUUUUAGUAGCCGGUAGGACGAUUUAUGAAUACAUUUCAAAUGAAAAUAGAUAUAGUAGAUGUACACUGCCCCAAUAAACGCACUACAAAUAAACCCCAAAACGCAACUAAUGAUAACUAUGUCUUCGACAGUGCUGCUGUUGGUUGGGACACCAGCGAAUUUGCCAUGAUCAACUAUUUCAACCUUGAACUCGUUCCAGUCGGAAAAAGUAUCGACGAAAUGAUAUAUAAUUAAACCAAUAUAGUAUACAAUCUUCAGGUAACAAUGCCACAUUUUUGCGACUUUGAUUAUUCAAAGCUUGGCAGUCGAACAGUGGCCAGAACAAAGACUAUCGCGACAUCAUCAAUUGUGGUUACAGAGUUCAAAGUUCGACCGAUUUCCAGGAAUUUGGUUUGCGCAAUAUUAAAAGUGAAAAUGAAACUGACGCGUAAUAAGAAAGAUUGCAUUAAUUGCAAGUCAUCAGCAUUGUUAAACCCAAUGGCUUUCAGUGGGCUUUUAGUUGUUCAUUUUAGUUGAGAAGCGAGAGCAUGGGAGGUUCCUCAACUCUCGUGCGUUUGGUUAAACGAGAACAAGAGUUGCGUCAGAGUUAAUGAAAGUUGACUGGAUAUUUAUACCUGCAGUGAAACGAGAAAAAACUAUCAUCAAAAUUUGAACCAGCACAAAGUUGAUGAAGAGUGCAUGAGAGUCUUUUGAUGCGAGCUGCCGCGGGUCAAACGCGAGCAAGAUUGUUAGAGCAUUAAUAUUAAGACAUUUUAUGUCAAAUUACUUUAGACAGAAAAUUUCAGAGACUUUAGAAGCGACACCAUUACUAUGCACCAAUGGAACAACAUUUUAUACCUUUGUUUAUUUUUCGUUUUGGACUUCUUUCAUCGCAUCGUUGGACCGGAGUCGUAGGACGUAAAACGGCAGCGCGCCCAACUUCCGGUAUUAAUUAACAUGCCCAUUCAAACAGAAUAAAUUUACGCCAUACUUGGCUAUUGUCAGUCUAUAAAUCUUGUGGUAUAAUAUUGGCCUAAAUUUGGAAUCUUUACUGAUAUUGAUAGAUUUGUACUUAUAAAUCAAUUGUGCUUAUAAAGGGUUUGAUUGUCCUUUGGUGAAAGCUACAGUAUUCAGGUUUAAUCAUAUGUGAGAUUCGAGUGUAAACAGAGAUAUUAUGAAUCUCAAUGUGUUAUGUGCUGUAUUGAAGCUUCUAUACUAUACAGUAUUGAUCCUUUAUCAUGGCUUGGACUUUGUUAUGGAUUGGUAUAGUUUCCACAUUGAACUAACGGAUGAGACAAUCUCUGGGGUUCCUGCCAACAGCAUUGCUGUCAAAGUUUUAUUUGGAUUCAGUUGUGUUUGUUGCACAAUAUGUACGGCAGCUUUGUUGAGAGUUUAUGCUUAUUACAUAAAGUAUCAUUUUCUCUACCUGUAUGUCGCAGCCUUCGAGGACUACGGGCCCGUAGGUCCCAUUGAAGGAAGCGCAAGUAUACAGAUUUCUGAUGACGAACUUCGAGAAAAUGCUUCGCUAUUUAUUGAAAAUGGACGAAAGACGGUGGUUGAUCCCAAAUAUCCCCUGGCAGAGCUGGUUUUAUCGGUGGCAGAGUUGACUUUAAAAGAUGAUAUCCAGUCAGGAUUAUUAUUUUGGGUCUCUACCGCCUAUACCUUUACACGACAGUUAAGCUGGCAUUCACUUCUAUUUUCAAUAUGCAGUCUUCUAGCUCACUUGAAACUGUUUAUAUGUUUCGUGACAAAGCUCUUUCGGUUGGGUGAAGGCGAGAAUGUGUGUGGUGAUCGCAGCAGGUGGGAUUUCAAAUGUUGUCUCUGCGUCUUCGGCUGCAUCGGUUCUGCGACAUUUGAGGGAUUGACAAUUGCGUACUUGGUGAAGGCGUUACAGGCUUAGACCGUGAAGAAGUUUUUGCACACGGAGCGGUUUAAACUGACCAGUCCAUAUGAAGGAAUCUUCUGGGUUUUUUUUAUCUGUAACAACUUGCGUGGGACUGUACGUGGAGUAGAAUUGUGUUCGUUUGCAAUAGACUCUGCUUAAUUAGCCAAUUCAACAAGUCUAAAAGGCACUGUAGGUUCCAGCUUUAUUUAUAAAAAUGACCAAAAAGGGCACUUUAGGCCAACUGCAAAGGGUAUAUUCAUUUUGGAAUAUUGUUAGACAACAUGAACUUCCAUAGAAAAUGUAAUGGAUCGAAUCUUUCUUGUAAUGCCCCGUAACAUAAACAUCUAAUAAAAUGCUGGUAAAAUUGUUGUAAUUGGGUAGUAUCUUCAAGUCUAUUUGAAUGCACACAAAAUACAGCAACGAUGAAUAUUUUGUAUAACACAAGUGGAUCGAAUCUUUCUUUUAAUGUAAUUAAU